GCUCUGCGUCAAACACGGGUGAAGUAGUGGAUGAAAACAGUCUGUGAGUACUUCUGAGAGUAUCUGUACUUCUCUGUUUUUUCCCUCCUUUCCUGUUGACCUCAAAUAAAACUCCAGUAAACACGGCUCGGUGUGACGGCUAACCGGUUACCUCCCUCAUCCACACUGGCUCGCCUCGCCUCACUUCUGUGGGACUUUGUAAAGGUGUGUUUUGGAAACAUGAAAGGUCAGGUCUUUGUCAGCGGCUCUUGAGACAGAAAAUCCGAGGAAAGAAAUGCCAACUCAAUGUGGGUCUGAUCACACCUGAGUGACUGGUUGUCAUCAUGCCGGGCCAAACCACGUCUCCGCCGCUGACAGUGACUGUGCUGGCGGCCCUGUGGGUCAGUCUGGGUCGGGGUGGUGUCUUCGGAUCCCCGGGGCCAGGAUGUGACAAUGGGAAGUUGUCAUUGGACAGGGACCUUCCUGCAGAUGCAGUGUAUUGGGAUUGUCCAGUGUCGUCUUGGACAAAGUCUUCUCAGAGACUUUCCAGUAUUGACACAGUGUAUGAUCCUGAGCCAGCCAGACCAACCUGCUUGGAUAAACCUAUUUCAUACAACUACUCCAUUCCUAACAGUGGUGCAUACAGACCAGUGAGUGCAGAGAGGGGUGAAUACUUGUACUGCCCUCCUCAACGAUGGCUAAAUAACUUGCACCAUGGAGCUACUGUUUUGCUCUACCAUCCUUGUACUCCUCUCCAUGAGCGUCUCCUUUUGUCUGCACUGGCUCGUUCGUGUCUGUCCGACUACAUCCUUACCCCACACCACCAGCUUCAUAAACACAUGCCAGUAGCUUUGGUGUCCUGGGGUCGAACUUUGGAGGCUUCCACUGUGGCCUCUUCACAAAUAUGUGAUUGGCUGGAGAGCGCAAGAUCCACAAGAAGUCAAGUCAGUGAAGUGAGCCACAGCAGGAGGUACAACCUGCUGUUGACCUGGCCGGCAGAGCAGCACUGGCACUCGUCUAAAAUGAAGGGGUCUUUGAAGCAGUGCUGCGAGCAGACCAUCACCCAGCUGCUGAAUGAAGUAAUGAAGGCAGAGCAACGUUCAAGUGCGAAUGCGAGAGGAGUGGGACAAAUGGAAGAGGGAGACAAAAGCAGACUGAGAAGGGCUGCCGACAGAGAAGAUGUUGAAGAUGACAGCAAGAAAGACAAGCCAACAGCAAAAGUAGACAGUACUUUGAGUAAUCAGACUAACGAAAUCGGCCGAAAUCUCCAGAAUUACAACAGCACAAUAAGUCCAGCAGUACAUUCUGUCCCAGGGAACAGGAAGGCCUCAGAUCACACUGCCCCACGGGAAGCUUCUCGGUCUGAAAUCCCAAAUCAAAAUCUAGGACUUGCUCCCACACCCAAAAAUCCUUUAGUGUCAAAUAUCUCAGGGGCCGCACGUGACUCUGACUCUUCAAGAUUCAAGGCAUCUCAGUUUCACAAGCUAACAACGAAGCCCAGUUAUAAACAAAGUCACCUGAGAAACUCAAAGCCUUUAGCUGGGGUGGACGAGAAAGACAACCAUAGUGUCAGAAACGAAGCUUUGACACUUGGUCCCAAAAAUGAAGGUACAGAGUCAUCCAAACAGAGAGACUCAGACUCUAAACACAGCAUGAGAGUGAAAAACUCUCAUAAAGACACUGCAGCAGACGGGAAGAUGAAGGAUAAUGAAGUAGUAGAUGUAGAAGAAAGAGAGGCAGAUCCUAACCACAGGUACAGUCAUACACACUCUCACAACAAAAGUGAACAGAUCGGCUUUGACUCCCAGCAGUACCCAAACCCACAGCCGGUCAGUGACACCCAGGACUGUGGCUGGUGCACCGCAGGCGAGCCCUGCGAAUGCCCUAAAGGCUCAGCGGCCGAGAUUCGAGCCGCUGCGGUGAAUCAUGGUUUACUGAGGACCCCCAGGACGGAUGAAGCGGUGUGGGCGGCGGCAGCGCUCGGCUUCCUGCUGGUUCUUUUGACACUGUCAGUACUUCACACCCGCCUUUAUCGCCACUGGAGGACCGCGCCCAGUCUGUACUGGCACGACCCACGGCAGGACUACGACAGUGUGGCAGAUGUGAUCCGCAGGAGGAUGCAAAUUUCCAAGAGGAGGCGGAAAAGAGGCAGAAGACAAGAGUGUGUUCUCCUGCCAAGCUCUUCCAGUUCAGAUGACUAUCCAUGAAAAUGAAGGAAACAUCCCGGAGAAUGUUACAAUGUGCAGAGGAAGUCAGAUUAUACGUACCCAGAAGUGUUCAGAAUCACAUUAUUAGGUCGUCAGUCUCCAUGAUCACACCGUUCAUACACUUUACAUGUGCCUGUCGGUUUCCUGGAUGCACCUCCUCUGCCAAAACGGGGCAGGCUUUUGCUGGAACACCUCAGUCAUCGGUACUAUUACUGUUGGUAAAACUAGGCCCUUUUCAGUAUCUGCUGAAGGAAAUGAAAACACUUUACACACUCUCAGAAGGCCCUUUUGUUGCUGGAGCUGCCAGAACACAAAGGACUGGAGUUUUUAAACAUGUUGUCAGUGAUUAGUUUUGUGUGUAUUGUUUUUAAUCGGGUUCUUUGUAACUUGAAGGUCUAGUACUGUAUGUAAAAAAUGGAAGUUGCUGUUAUAAGCAACGCUUCGCUGAAUGAAUGGUACAAACACGAGGUGGUGUUUUUGAUGCUGUUUUAGAUUUCUACAAAGACAUUAAAUCACCUGACAGAU